AUGGCGCGCCGGCAGAAGUCGAAGGCGGCGGCCGCGGGCAAGCGCAGGGCUCCCGCCGCGCUCCCCAGCCCGGCAUCCUCCUCGGAGGACGAGGCGGACGAGGCCCCGGAGGAGGUGCCCUUCGGCGUGGCGAGGGAGGCGGCCGAGGCCGAGCGGAAGCUCGUGGGAGAGGCGGCCCGGAGGCACCGGGAGCUUCUGAAGGAGAAGCGGCGGCGGCACCAGGAGCUGUUCGCGGAGCAGAAGAAGCGCAGGCUGCUGCCCGAGGCCGUGCUGCAAGAGCUGCAGGAACUGCAGGAGCUGCAGGCUGUGUCCGCACGGCCCGCUGAGCAGGCUGCAGCAGAUGACCCAGGAUUUGUAACAUUUGGGAAAUUUCGUUUACAAGUUACUCUAGAUGAAGAACUUGAAUCUGAGGCUGUAGAGCUGGAGCAAGGCCAGGCCCAAAGGCAAGGCCAAGCAGAAGUGCAGGAGAAGAAAGGCAAGAGGAGCAAGGGUGCCAGGACAAAAGGGAACUACGUGGCUGUGUGCUUGAAAGACCACAGUGCAACAGGCCUCCACCAACAGCUGGCCAAAGACUUCCUAAAUGCUCAGCUCUAUGGGCCGCACACCAACCGGGUACAGGCAAAUGAAUUUUUUUCCCUUGCAAACAAGAGAGCCCCCGUCAAAAAAGCUGCCGUUCAAUUUGUGGACAAGUCUUGGGGGCAAGAUAAAAAGGAAAAAGCAGCAAGGUUUAAGAAGCGCUGGCUGGCAACACAGAUUAAAGAUGGAGUCUGAAGACAGCUUUUUCAGAAGAUGCUGCUAAGGACUUUUAGUGACAGUUGAUCUCAACACAGCACAGGUGUUUUUCCCCACUUCAUCAUGACUUUACUUUCAGUUCCAGCCAGCAGAAGGCACUGAGCUGUGCCUGAUUGGACUUCCCUGUUCUCUCCUCUCCCCUUUCAGAAGUUCUUGGGGAAGGUACAGAGCAGCCAGGCCAGUCUUGUGGAACAGCUGGUGCUAGGACCAGGCUUGCUGAGCUGCCUCUGUGAGGCAGUGACUUUGCAGAGAAUAAACGUGAGCAAUGUUAUA